CGCAUGUACCAGUUCAGUCUGACUGUGUGUCUGGUGUUUCAGCCAUUUUCAUUUUGACGGCCAAAGUAUUCAGAAUGAAAUUUUGAAGUGAAAUCGAUUUGCAAUAAUCACAUCACAGCAAUUCGUUAAUUCGUUUGCCAUUUUCGGCCCCCAAGAAAUGAGCGUCAAAGAUGCAAUGGAACAGGAGGCGAUUGAGAUUGAACCGUUGGAGGAAUAUGAAUGCCUGGAGCUGGAAAAAAUGAUCAUAAACGAAUGGGGGAUGCAGCGGAGUUCAUUGAACAGAAUGAUUUAUUGUCGUAUUACGGUCCGAUGUCUGGAGGUAAUGCAAGACGCUGAGAUAAAUGAACUUUUUAAUGAUCCCCGUAUGCUUGGUCAGAAGAUUGUUUUUAAACACAAGGUUAAAGAAAUGCAAGCGAAUACAAUAUUCCAAAUGAUGAACGAGCGUAAGCGACGCUAUCAUUCCGCUGAGAUGAAUGUAUGCAAGACUGAGGAUCUACAAGAUACGUUGCCAUCUGUUAAGAAAAUUAAGACUGAGGUAGACCCAUUGGAAGAUACCUCCUUGUUGGAGCCAGAGCAAUCAUUAGAAUCAUCUGAGCAUGUAUUCCCUAUUCAUGAGCUUCCAAUGGAAAAUGGAACCACUGUCAAGGCCUCUACAGCUCACGCAGUGGCCGGUCACUUGCCAAUCCGUAUCAGCCCAGAAGGUCUUCGGCAUUUACUGCAAGCCAGUCGCCAGGGUCAAUGGGUUUUAUCGUACUACAGCAUGUAUCAUACAAUGAAUCGCAAGAUACAGGCGGCUCUCACCCACUGUAUCGUGGAGCAGUUUCUUGUGUACAACAUUAUGUUCUCGCAUCGAUUGAUGCGUCACUAUGCUCAAGUUAUAACGCUGCUGUUUCCGACUGAAAACGCGGAGGUUUACUACAAGCCGGCGCAAACUUUGGGAUGGAAGCGAACUUGCGCCUCUGGUAAACUAAUGGAUCGUUGGGCAAACCAACGAAUGCGCCAUAAGGAUCGCUAUCCUCAGCAGCGGCCCCGAAUACUGGAUGACACUUCGGACCAGCGAUCAUUCGCGGAGAUGUCGCUGGUUGUGGGAUCAAAUAAUUAGCAAUUAGAAUUUCUUGGCAAACCGGGAACGAAUGAUCUAGUCAGAGAAUAUUGUAUCAGUCUAAUUUUUUUAUAUAUGGAAAUAUAACA